GAAAUCCAGUAGAGGAGACUUCGUAUUUUCUGCUGAUCGUCUGAUCAGACUUGUGGUUGAAGAGGGACUGAAUCAACUGCCGUACACGGAAUGUACCGUGACCACUCCAACAGGACACAAGUACGAAGGAGUCCGGUUUGAAAAGGGAAACUGCGGAGUCAGCAUCAUGAGAAGUGGAGAGGCAAUGGAACAAGGUUUACGAGACUGCUGCAGAUCGAUCCGCAUCGGAAAAAUCCUGAUACAGAGCGACGAGGAGACUCAAAGAGCAAAAGUGUACUACGCCAAGUUCCCACCUGACAUCUACAGGAGGAAAGUUCUUCUGAUGUACCCAAUACUCAGUACUGGUAACACGGUCAUUGAGGCUGUGAAAGUUCUUGUGGAACACGGCGUGCAACCAAGCGUCAUUAUCCUGCUCAGCCUGUUCUCCACACCUCACGGUGCCAAAUCCAUCAUCCAGGAAUUCCCAGAGAUCACCAUCUUAACUACAGAAGUCCAUCCUGUCGCACCAACGCACUUUGGACAGAAGUACUUUGGCACAGACUGA